UCGAGGAGGAGCUGCUAAUUAUCCUCAUGGAGACACUUUGUUCUGGCUUCUGUUACUAAAUCAAUAUGUUUGACUGUAUUAGCCUAUUCUGACAUAUAAUGACAGCACAUAAAUAAAAUAAAAUAAAUAAAAAAAUAAAAUAAAUUAAAUAAAUCAAAUAAAUAAAUAAAAUGCUUAUAAAAAGUUUGAGCUACUAUUUGGUUUCUUGCUAACCUUUAUUAUUAGUGAGUGAGUGGGCUAAAUGAGCGCGGUUGUCAUGGAAAUAUGACAUGAACGGGACAACUUGGUCGUCAUUGUGUGUUGAGCAUCACUCCGGAGCUGCGGACACCAUGUCGGAGGCAGACAGGAGACCUUCUCCGGAGGCUGUCUUCACUCAGCUGCAACAAGGAGGACACAUUUAUGUGGACACAGGCUCCUCUGGGCCGGAUGAUUUCUUCGAGGAGGACUCCUACUCUCCGUCCUCCCUCUCGUCGUCCUCCUCGGCCUCCGUCCCCGUGGUGGCCUCCCUGCAGGGCAGAACUCUGUGCACCUCCUGCGGCCUGGAGAUAGUGGACCGAUACCUCCUCAAGGUGAACAACUUGUGCUGGCACGUGCGCUGCCUCUCAUGCAGUGUAUGCAACACAUCACUGGGGCGACACGUGAGCUGCUACAUCAAGGAUAAACACGUUUUCUGCAAACUCGACUAUUUCAGGAGGUACGGGACCCGCUGUGCUCGGUGUGGCCGUAACAUCCACUCCAGCGACUGGGUUCGUCGGGCACGAGGCAGCACCUUCCACCUCGCCUGUUUCUCCUGCACCUCCUGUAAGCGCCAGCUGUCCACCGGGGAGGAAUGUGGACUACUAGAGAACCGGGUCUUCUGCCGGCCACACUAUGACAUCAUGAUGGAGAAUAUCAAACGCACUAAGGAAAACGAGCACCCAAAAGCUGAGGAAGAGGAUGCAGACAAAGACGAGUCCAGCACCAUGCCCAGACCUGCUAAGAGGGCCAGGACCAGCUUCACUGUUGACCAGUUACAGGUAAUGCAGACUCAGUUUUCUAAGGAUAACAACCCAGAUGCCCAGACUCUCCAGAAACUGGCCGAGAGGACCGGUCUCAGCCGCAGAGUUAUUCAGGUUUGGUUUCAGAACUGUCGAGCUCGUCAAAAGAAAUACAUCAGCCCACAUUCUGCCUCCUCCUUGAUGACAUCGUUCGCUCCGGGUCAGCUGACACCACCUUUGAUGGAGGAUCUGCAAUACACCACCUAUAUUUCCCCAGACGCACCCCUCCUCACUACACUGACUUAUAUGGAUGUCCAAAGUCCAGACCCACUUUUGCUUCAGCCACUCAUGUCCCAUUCGCUGACACAACUGCCAGUCAGCCAUGCCUGAGCUACAGCCUGCCUCUCCAAAACAGAAGACAACGAUUGGCUGACGGGAAGAUGAAGAGUAAAUCAUUACUCUUUAAUAAAAAAAAAAAAAAAGUCCUGUGAGGAUUGGAUGACUUUAAUUCAUAAACUGUCAAAAAUAACAGCAAUUAAUUUAAACAAUUAUUUUAAUUUUCACUGCCUAAUGUGUGAGCAGACACAAAAUUAAUUUAAUCUAAUCACUCAGAUUCACAGAUGAGAAUGUUUUGACAUCGUAAAAUGUCAAGUAAAAUAUAAGAAACUGAGAUGAAACUUUUGUUGAAAUGUAUAUUUUGUAUAUUUAAUUUAUUUGGAGAAUAUGAGAUAAGGCACUUUGUUGGAAAAAAAAGAUGUAAAACUGAGUAUAGAUUUGGUUUUCAGUUAGAUGUUUAUUUAAGGAUGUGUUUGAGGAUAAUACAAUUGUCACUUGGGCACUGAGAGAGAAAGAGAGAGAUUUCUCUUCUAUAAAGACUACUUUAGAAAAUUCAGGAUUGGUUUAUACUGCAAAUUAAAACCACUGGAGAUCAUUGUUCCAUGCUGUGUUAUUGACAGAGAAAUAUGUAGAAACACCUCACACAGACCGUUCUCCACUUUCAGUGCUCCAUUCUGUUCUUCUCAAAACAUCCACAUGUCUACUUUUGGAUAAAACAACAUUUCUUAUUUUCUGCUUUUCAGUAGAGCGUGUGUUAAGCACAGAUAAAAAGCAAUACAAUGUGUAAAUGUUUCCUUAGAUUGGGAAUGUUAGAUAGAAGCCAUGUAUGAACUACACACUGGGGAUAGAUAAGACUUUCACAUUAAUUGUUUGACAUACUGAAAAAUAAAGUUUGUGGCUGCAACAAAAA